ACCCAGUUUACUCUCAGCAAACAGUAGAAGCGUUUGAAGAAUUUCUGCAAUCCCGCGAAAGUAAAAUUGCAGCAGUUAAACUGUUCCGAAGCAUAGUUUUCCGAGCAACACCAAAACGAGUAGGCCGUAUACUAACAAAUUUGAGUUCAACGUUUACUUUUGACAUUCCUCAUAACGAAGUAAACGAACACCCUUCAACCGCAAAUCUUACAACUUAUUCAGAAGACGUUGACGAUUAUAUUCAUCGAUUGAUGCGUUUAGGGACAAGCUCAUCGUCACAACCUACUCUUACUGAAAAGACCAAAAAUUUUGUAGGAUUUUUCUUCAACCAAAAGUCAAGUAGUCUCGGAUCAUAUAGCCCAAAAUCGGAUACGCAGUCAGACAAACGCGCAGAAAGUGAAUACCCCGAAGCCGACCAAGAUAAUAACGGAGACGGUUACGAGACAGUUACUACUACACCCCCGCAUACCCCUGGUCACUCUGCAUUGGGAUACAGUGUAGAAGAAGCAACUCACAGUGCCCAGCAAUUAUAUACGUCUACAAUAUCAACACAGCAACCAGAAUCUUCUACCUCAGACAAGAAAAAUAAGGGCAAACAGAAGCAAGAAAAGCCCGAUAUUUUAAUAGUCGCAGAUAUCGAUACUGAGACGGUAACACCAGUAAAGAAAGUUCAAAAACCGAAGCAAGCCAAACCGCCCCAAAACCCACCAGUUCAAUUAGCAGUACCUAACCUAAAUCCGCCUAUUAACAACCCUCCGCAACAACAGCAAAUAGACGACGAAGAAAUGGCACAGACAACUUACCCAGUUUUUGACGGCACCAAUCCGCGUAAGUGGAUUUUUGAUCUAGAGAUAGCCUUCAUCGCCAAUAAUAUUCAGGAUGCAGCAAACGCGAGGAAAAUAGGCCUUGCAGUCAUGAACCUCGGUCCAGCGAAAAUGUGGUAUGUUACCCUCAAUCCUAAGCCUACCACCUGGAUCAGAGCCAAUGGUGUCGACGGUUUUAAGGAGUUAUUUUUAGCUAAAUACGCAACGGAAGCAAAUAAAGCUCAGGCAUCCCAACAGGCGCAAGCAAGAACACAAAGACCCACCGAAACGGUAAACGAUUACCUAAGCGCAUUGGAAGAAAUUUGGAUGGAAUGCGGCGAUGCCGCAGUUAUUCUGGAAUGGAUGAAAGUGAGCCAAUUCACUAGUGGACUAUUGCCAGCCAUUAGGUUGCCGGUUAAGCAACAGGCACCACAGACUAUGGCCGAUGCCGUUCAAGCUGUGACAAAUUGCUACUACGCGUUGCAAUCGACAAUGCAACCUUCCCAUAGUGCGGAAGUCAACAACGCGCUCCUAGAGAAAAUUUCAGCAUUGGAAGUCCAACUGGCAGAGCUGAAGACUUCUCCGGCCAACACGAAUAAUAACAACAAUCGGGGAUUUCUGCAGGGCAGCAGCAGUAACAGACGAAACGGGCCCAGAUGUCAUUAUUGCGGAAACCAUGGGCAUGUACACCGAGAAUGUAGAAUCAAGGCUAGAGAUAUUAGGCAGGGAAGAAAGCUCAACUGGGCAGUACCAAGACAGAACAAUCAAGGACAGGGAAAAGGACCUACAUAUUGUAGCGCUUUUGUAGAGGAAGUGGAGAGCAGGAUUCUAGUCGAUACUGGAUCCUCAGUGACGAUUAUUGCUAGUGAACAUUUCGACCUUAUCACUGGAAGAACGAAGAAGAGACCUAUCCUUGAAAGUUCAAAUUAUUAG